GGGUCACUGGCUGGGCCUCAGAGUUAAACUGAUAUAACACAGAUUAACAGGAGACAAAUACACAUUUUGUCGAACUUUUACACGGAUGUGGUAGCUUUCACAAGAGAAUGAAGUCUCGAAAAAGUGAUUAGAGCGGGACGCUUUUAUACAUUUUAGCAAAGGAACAGUAAAUUUGUGAAAAUUGAAAACACAGAGGGGUUGGAGCUAGAGGUAGUGUGUGGCGAAGGGACUAGGAAGAUAAGGGUUAGGCUUUGUUUGUGCAAAUUUCUCUUUGAUUCCCAGCAUCUGGUGGUAAUGUCUUCCUUCCUCCUGGUACAGGGAGGGUACAUUUGACAUGGAAGUUUUGCCUCUUGCUUUCAGGACGAAAAAAGGAGAGUCAGAGUAUCCUUGCACCUGCUAUUUCUUAAGUGCCCUUAAUUCUAACAAGCAGCGUCAGAAUGGCAUGUUUUGGGGAGACACUGGGUUCCCGUCACACUUCAUAUUGUCACGUGAUUCCAUUGAUAACUCACUUUCUGUAAUACUACCGUGGUUAGACUUGAGUAGCAACUUCACUGAGUUUUGAUAAGUUAUAAUACUACUUGCUAUUUCAAAUGUAGUUUUUGAGAACACCAAGUCCAAAAAUAGUGCAGAGAUGGCUGUUGGCUGUAUUUGAGUAUACAUACUUGGGUGAGGCCCACCCCCCCACCCUGCCCCAGCAUGAUUCACUUGGCCAGGCUGAUAGAGGGAUUUAUAUUUGGGUGAGACUCCCAUUUCUAAUUUGAAUCUAUAUUACUCUCUUUAGCCAUCUUUCAUGUCAAUUUUGAGGCUGCCUCUCUUAGUUUUUAUCCAUGCCGAUGUAAACCUCAGACUGACUUGGGUUGAAGAACAAAUAAAAUCAUAACAUAAUGAUUGAUUUUUAUUUUCUUUUGUGAAACAUUUAGAAUUCAUCUCUAAGUGAGUGCAUCAUUUUUGUGAGGUGGUAGGAGUUGGUAAUUGUCACUUUAUUUUCUAUGUCGGAAAAUUUAAAAAGAGACUGUCAGUACCAGAAGUAAAUCGAUUUCAAAGAUAGGAUUUAGAAUUUAGAAUUUCAGAUGUUACAGAACUAAGCCACACUGUCAUUUUCAUUAGACCAAAAAGAAUACCUACUUAAACAUUUGAUUCAUUAUUAUUUUGUUCAAAGAUAUUUCAUGAUAUUCCAUUCUUGAUGCAGUUGGAAAUUUUAGUGUUUCAUGUAAUGCGUCUGUUGCCUGGAUUUGGACCACUGAUAGUAUGAGAUUGUGGGUCUGGGGUUGAGAGGGGAAGGAAAGAGACCCUUUGUUAGUGCAUUGGUGAUCGGGCAAGAAGGAUUAUAAUUAGACUUAAAAGGUGAAGAUUCCAAACUUUCUAUAAAACUGAAUUAUUGUAACAAUUUUUUUACCUCUGUGAACCAAAAAUAUCUAGGUUGUAAUAAAAAGCCUUUAUCUGAGCAUAGUACUAUAAUCUGAGAGACACUAAUGCAAAUAACAACCCCAGCUGAACUCUGGAGAGAGCAAAAAAAGGAGGGUUUAUAAAGGCAAAAACUAUAAACUGCAACAACUUGGCUACCUAACAUGGUGUGACUGGUUCAAAGAGGAUUGGUGAGAUCCAGGUAAUGAAACUCUCAGGUAAGCUGACAUGGUUCUUGAUUGACAUGGAAACCAGGUGGGGCAAGUUCCAGGACAUACUUCUGAGGCAAGUGCCAAAGUUCAAAUGUCUAAAACUCAUCUGUGUUGUGCAUGUGGGUAAGUAGGACUUCCCUGAUGACCUCUUGACUCCAUUUGAGGACCCCAAAAUGGAUAUUAGUUGUCCGUUUUAGAUAUUUUGGUUCACAACUCCAUGAAGAAACAUGCUAAUACCCAAGAAGCCAUAAUAUUCAUUGUGGUUACUGAGGGAAGAGUGCACUACUCAAGUGCAGCUGAAACAAAGCUGAAUUUCAUACUUGUUCAACAAGGAGAACUAUACUUGCCAAAUAUAACCUCCCAGAUAGGCAGAGAUGCACUUAGACAGGGUUCUGAGGUUUAGGACUGGCUUUUUUUCAAAGGUGAGACAAUUUAAGGAUUGGCCAAUUUUAAACUUGGAAGGGACUGGCCUGCCUUGAGGAGCAAUGGUACUGAAGGGGGACACUUCCUAACUGGCUGAUUUUCUUAGCCGUGUACUUCAGUGGAAAGGCUGAGUAGAAUUUAAAGAUUGAUUGAUUAGGGUAUACUUAAAAUCAGUUCUUUGAUUAUUUGUUCCCGGCUUGGGACAAGAGCCAAAGAAUAGUCUUUUCCUUUAUUGAAGUUGGAGGUCCUUUUUGUUUUCCACAUUAAUGUCAAACAUUGAUGUUGGCAACUGUGCUAAUAUAAUACAUUUGGUUUUGCUUUGCUUAUGAAAUAAAACAAAAAAAUGAAUAAGUGAAGUGAAUGUCAUUUGCUGUCUGUCAGUUUCAGGAUUAUAUAAUUUUGGACCCAGGUUGUGUCAAGCAUUAUUUUUAUAUGUAGUUAAAAAGGUAGUAGCAUUAUUUAUGGAAAUUUAAUGUGUUAAACAUUAUGGUGAAAGCUGUGUUACUUUUAUGUCUAUUUUCUUUCUUGUGGGAGCGUCAUAUCACAUGCCCGUCAAAAUUCGAAUUAUAGACCUAAAAGUUUGGGGGUUUUUGCUUUUAGAGAAACAUCUGGAAACAUAUGGAAGUGGUUACUUUUUGAAAGUUAGCUAGCAGGUAUUGUUAUCAACAUUUUAGAAAGUUUAAUGAUUAUAUUGCACGUCUUUUAUAUAAGGUAGGCUGAAUCACAUUAGUGUCUGUGAGUCAUUUUAACACAGUUGUUACAUCAUAAUACCAUUAUACAAAGUAUCUUGGUUUAAUGUUUAUUUUAGAAUACUUUAUUCUUCAUGAUAAAAUAACUUGUUUAUGACUGUUUACCAGAACUGUAACAAAAUAGGUAUUUUUCUAAAUUAAUCUCUUGCAGUAAUAUUUUCCUAUGAAGGUGUUAAUAAGUUCAGAGGGCAUUCUUUAUCUUUGAAGUUACAGAAGUCAAAAUAAGUUUCUGGUAUACUUUAUUUUUUGUAUUGAGGUAUCGUUUAAAAUACAAUACACACGGACUAUUUCCAUUUGAAACAAGCUGAUACUUUUUAAAGAAUGGGUGCUGUCCUGUUUAUAUGCAGCCCUACUUCCUUUUUGUGUCUUAAUCUCUCUGCCUUCCAGAUAGGUGUUAUCCAGUGAUAAAGCUUACUAGUUAUUUAGGUAAAGCAUUUUUAUUUAAAAGCUCUUUGAAAAUGUGAACCCCCCCCCAAAAAAAAGAAAAUGUGAAACCCAAUUCUUGUUUCUGUUUGCAUUCUUUGAUAGUUAACCUUAAGAGGUUACUCUAAACGCAGUAUUAAAAUUAAUAUAAUGAUACAUUUAUUUAAAAACCUGUUUACUAAACAAUACUCAAAUGUUUUUUAUCCUCAAGACCUAAAUUUUAUAAAUUUAUACUUAAAUAGGUAUUUAAGUUUUCUAGGAAAAAGUUACUGGUAUCUUUGAUGCCUGAAUAUGAUUAAUGACAUCACGUCUGUUUUAUCUACAGUAUGGAAAAAGGGAUUUGAAAUGUGUUUUUCUCUGUACAUAUGCAGUGAAUAGUUGGGCUUUUAUUGCCUAGUGAUCUGAUCAAAAAAGAAUCUUAGGUUGGUGAUCUUUUGUAGUAAAGUGGAAGAAACAAGGAUUUUUUUGCUCUUCCAUAAAAGCCUUAAUUCCUAGUGGUAUACCAUAUAUUAGCAAAGACAAUGAUAUACCAUAGUUAUUUUUUCUUUUCAUUUUUUAAAAUUCAUAGGGGAAGAGAGAGAGAAAGAUUGUCUUGUUGUUUCACUUAUUCAUGCACCGAUUGGUUGAUUCCUCUCUGUGCCCUGACUGGGAUUGAACCCACAACCUUGGUAUGUGGUGUAUUGGGAUGAUGCUCUAACCAGCUGAGCUACCCCACCAAGGCAGUAGCUAAUAGUUUUAAUUUGCAUCUUUGAUGACUAGUGAGGCUGGGCUUCUCUUGUCAGCCACAUGGGUACAGUAUACCAGUUUGUACCUCCAGGGGAGUGGUUGGAAUGACUGCUGAAAGCAAUGGGCUGCUCCUUGCUGCUUUAGCGAGGAACUAUAAGAGGGUGUCAAAUAAGGGAAUGGUUUGCAGUUAGCAGUUUACAGUUAGAAUUGGAAGGGAGUAUAGUUUUAUUAAAGGAGAUUCCCUGUAUUAUCGCCUAUGCUCAGAAUUGACUGAAAGAGCAGUAAUAUGGGGUAUUGCAGGGUUGGAAAAAAGUUGCUUCUAUCCCAAACAGUAAGAGGUAAAGUUUGUUCUCAGAACCUUGCAUUAGAUUUUCUUGGCCAGACAGUGGAAGUCAGUUCAGGCAAGGAUCAAAUGAAGGAUUUACCUUCCCACUUGAACCAGUCAGUUAAAGCUCUAGUUACAAAGUCUCAGUUCCUCACAACAACCGGUUUAUUUCCUACUCAUGACGUGUCUGUGACUCUGUUCCACAUGCUGGGUUACUCUAAGAUGAAAGAACGGGCUUUUCAGGGAUAUCACUAUUUUGUGGAAGAAGGAAAAAGAAAAUGGCAGAACCAGGUGUUUGGAAGUGGCAUGUGUUACUUCUGUUCAUAUUUUAUUGGCCCAAGCAAAUCAAGUGGCCGAGCCUGAAAUCGCUCAGGUAGGAAGGAAUACCUCAAGCCACAUGGCAUGCCCUGGUGUAACUGGGGUGUGAUGGUAAACCCUUCCAUCGUGAGUCGGACCUCAGCGUGAACUAAACUGAGAGAGAGAUGGAUCUGCCACAGGCCAGCAAAUAGGGGACGUGAGGAGUUUGAUACCUACGAGCAGACCGAAUAUUCAGUUGUGGUUCCCUUCACGUGGUACUGACUGAGGACAAACAGCAUGUUGAACUUUUGAGAGGAUUAUGUUGUCAAAGAUGCUACAAGUUUUCCUUGAAAAGCCUGUGGUAGUUUGACAUUGUCUCUUAAAGCAACGCUGACCCUCAAGUUUGUAUCAGCAUUUUGCUGCCUCCUUGGAGCACAUAUUUCUCCCAUGUCCACUUCAUAUAGGACCAGAAAGGAAAAUGGAAAAAUAGAAUCUUCCAGAGGCAAAGCCAGGUUCCAGCAGACAAAUUGGCAAAGGAGACCCCCUGAGAAAACAAAAAGGGUGUGGAUGUCCCAGGGCCACCUUUAACGUGGUGUGCAGGACACUAGCUCAAGCUGCUCUUCCCUGCAUUCCAAAUGCCAGUCAGCCAGCCGCGUGGCCUCUCACCAAACCCAUAGCUGUGCAACACAGUAUCUCUCGUGACAUGUUCCCGACAAGAGGGAUACAGUCAAUGAUAUUGUUACAACUGUACAGUUUCAGGUUUCCAGGACAAGAACACCACUGUGAGUCCGCGGAACAGUCUUCAGAAGGCAAGGGACCAAUUAAAAGGAUUUACCAUAUAUGUUACAACUUUUUACUGGAGUCUUGAGAGAUAGGGAAAAGCCGUGGACUGAGCCGCCAAGCCUGCUGCACUGAGCUCCUACUCUCUGACGUGAACCUUAAAAGGGAGCUUCUGGUAUCGUCUUUCAACUGAGUGCACUGAACCCUGCCUGUCCAUUGGAACGUUGCCACUCAUUUGCAUUUAUUCUGACCAGUCAGAGCAGCUCCAUAACGACAAAAACAGAAUGCGCAAAGCUGACCAAUCAAGACAGUGCUAUUUGGACCAAUGGGAACUAUGCUGUUUGGAUUCCUCAUUGGCAUAGAAACGAACCAAUCGUGAACCUGGGUAGGAACUUUUCUGUAAACAAAACAAAACAAAACAAAACAAAAAGCCCUCCCCUUUGUCUUUGCGGAACACAUCAUUGGCUUUCACCAGAGACUCCCAUUCCACAAUUUGCAAAUUGUUCAUCUUUUUACCGCAAGGCAGAAUGGGGAUUCCCGUUGGCAUUGGAUUGGUGGCAGUGACCUUUUGUUGACAAAAGGAAGUUACUGCUCAAGUCAAACACAUCACAAUGCAGAAUUCUGUAUCAGUACCACCAAAAGAUCAAGGUGAAUCGGUCAUGCCUUCUGGAACAAUACAGAGUGGCAAAGGUUUGCAAAAUAAGAGUCAGUUUAGGACCAUUGCACCGAAAAUUGUUCCCAAGGUCCUAACGUCCAGAGUGCUGUCGGGCCACUCGCCAUCACUCUCCGAUCAGGUGACUCCAGGCCCUCCCGUCAGCUCCACACCGCUGGGGGUGCCCACCCAGAAUUAUGCUCUGAUGCAGGUCACUGGCCCGGAGGGGACUUUUUCUCUCGUGGCAUUGCCUCAUGUUGCCUCAGCUCAGCCAGUCCAGAAACGCAGACUGUCCCUGCCCCAAAACCUUAAACUGCCGAUUCCUCGAUACCAACCCCCAAGAAAUAACAAAGGAUCGACCAAGAACUCCAUCCGGAGCUCCUCUGAGAACAGCUGUAGCAAACCUCCAGUCCAAACCCAAACGUCCCCUUCCCUCCUUGACCAUUCCGAACCCCAGCCCCGUCCCAGCCCACCCGAUCCAGCGCUGUCGCUGAACCCGGCCCCGGCCGGCCUCAGUGCGGCCACACUGACCAAUGACCAUGGGCAGCUGGACCGGCCUGACACCCCAGCAUUAUCCACGCCAGAGCAGCCCUCUGCCAAGCGGGGCUUCUUGAAGAUUUCAGGGAAAGAAAACUUUGCAAGCAAAGAAACAUCCAGUAAACCUUCUGUUGUUGCCAGUGAAAAACAUAAAGAACAAGUUGAUCUUGCAAAAAGCACAAUUAGAUUAUCACCAGCCAUUUUUGGCAGUGCGCUUCAGUUGGUGCCCUCGGCCCCCAAAGGGAAACUGCCAAUCUUGCCCUACUCUAGAAUGAAAACAACAGAGGCUUAUAAAAAUGAGUCAGCUGUUCACACUGUAGACCUUUCUUUACCUGGGCUCAGGGCGGACUGUGAUAAGACAUCCACCAUCGCAGAAGGCUUUGAUGCAACUGCCAAAAUGGCCACGAAGGUGCCUAGUCUGCAGGUGUCGAAGCAGAGUCCCUGUGAAAGUGCCUUUUGUUCAGCCACCAAACUGGAUCUCAACCACAAACCAAAACUGAAUGGUGGGGCAGCAAAAAGAAAAGGAAGAAAACUGAAGGUACCAGAUGAGAUUUUGUCAUUUCAGGAGGAAAAGAGGAAAUGUAAAAGGAUAAAAAAUGAUCCCCAACAAUCCAGAGACCAAAAAGCUGGGGCUAUGAAAAAAUACCGUAGCAUUAUGCCCAAACCAGUCGUCGUCACGCCCGCUGUGACUCCUCUGGCUUCUCCUGCGGCUGUGCCACAGUCCCAAAGGCCCAGCGGCCCAGGACAGGACAUUUUGUUAAGUGAUUCUCUCACUCCUAAAUAUCUCAGCUGCAAGCAAGACAACAGCUCUUCUUCCCCUAAGCCCAGCUCUGCAUUCAGAAGUGGAUUCUCUGGCAUAAAGAAGCCGUGGCACAGAUGUCCUGUCUGUAACCACCACUUCCAGUUCAAGCAGCACCUUCAAGACCACAUGAACACACACACGAACCGGCGGCCUUACAGUUGUCGGAUCUGCCGCAAGACAUACGUCCGUUCCGGCAGCCUGAGCUCACACGUGAAACUUCACCACAGUGAGAACCGCCCGAGGAAACUCGUGUGCUGUGAAUUUUGUGCAAAAGUGUUCGGUCACGUCAGAGUCUAUUUUGGCCAUCUGAAAGAAGUGCACAGGGUUGUCAUCAGCACCGAAUCCUCCCCCGGCGAACUGCUGCCGGGGGAUGCACCAAAGAGCAGAGACACAGAGGUGGCUGUGCAGAGGGACAAGUCCAGCCCAGAAGAAGACCUCCUCUUAAACCAGGCAGACGAAAUCAAAUUGCAGAUUAAGUGUGGCCGCUGCCAGAUCGCUGCCCAGACUUUCGCCGAAAUCAAGUUUCACUUACUUUCCGUCCACGGAGAGGAAAUUCAGGGCAGGCUGCAAGAGGAGCUCUCCCCCAGGAGCCAGGCAGCUGCGCAAGAACUGGCCCGACACGCUGCUCCUUCCUGGAAGCAGCGUCCUGAGAGAAGGAAACUGCUGGAGAAGCCCCGUCCCUCCGACGAGGAAGUGCACGCGGUCCCUACAUUGAGAAGGCAACUCUGCCUUCAUCGUCAGAAUGACAAGGGAACAAUCACAAAAGAUGAAGGAGCCCAGCCAGGACCCAGCGAGCCAGGAGAAGCCCCCCAGGGCCCUGCGUGUCCCAGCCCACACUCAGCUCCCCUCCAGUCGCAGCCCGGCUUUCACUGCGUCCUCUGUGCACGGACGCUUGGGAAGAAAGAAGAGCUCCUCCUGCACUGGCAGCAGGGGCACAACUGCGAGGACGCCCCCGGGCUCUGGAGGAUUCUGAAGGCCUUCUCUCACCAGGGGGCGGUCGGGCUUCCCGGGGACACAGGGGAAUGAAAUGCUGGGGCCCCGGGAGGGGGAGGGAGUCUGUGCCACCCUCCCCUCCAACUUCGGGCUGUGUGGUGGCCCUCCAUGAUAAAAUCAAACCAGCUGGGAUCAGCAAUAAUAAGCAGAAGUGAUUUUUGUACAUAAUUUUAUUUUCUUAUGAACUAUAUGCCCUUGAUGAUGCAUAUUUUUCUAAGUGUACGCAGUUUUAUUUUAAAAUUCUGUAUACUAACUGUUCAUGUCUUAGAUUUUUUUUUGAGAAUAAAUAAAGAGAUCAGAAUUUAGAGAUUGAAAUGUAAAGGAUUGUAGGCUGUUCUGCAGAUACAGUUUCCAGUAAAAACAUGUGUUUGAGUGUGCGUGUGUCCUUUUGUUCAAAAAUUUCUGUCUACGUAGGUCAACAAAAUUGAAA